AUGAAUACCAGUACGAAACCUCGAUUAAUGGCGUUUGUUUAUCGAUGUGGCGACAACACAACACAAUCCAUCACUGUACUCGUGUAAGUAGGUAUGUUGCCAGCCGUACAGAUACGAAUGACAAAAUGCUAUAGAGGGCGCAUACAGACAGUGUCGGCAACAGUAGAAAUUCUCAAUUCUUUAUACUCCACUGUUUUUCAGCAUUUGCAACCGAUACUCACCAACAUGAAACAUACAGACAUAUUCACUGUAGUGACGUAUCCAUAUAUAAGUAAUAUACGGAAAAGAGGUUCUU